UCAGGACAAAUGAGUGUUACAAACUUUGGCUAUCCAGAUUACUGGGAUCGAGACCCUAACACCUGGGGGAACGUCAACGAUUGGGACAUUUACUGGAUUGAACAGCCACACUCAGUAACAGUUAAUAAACAAAAUUCACACUCAGCUUUGGCUGAAGAAUUAAGAGUCCUAAAGCGGAUAUACGAUAGUACGGAACCUGCUUAUAUAAUAGCUUGUGAUUUGCAAAACAAGGAAAGUACAAUUUUUUUUGGCUUCGCAGAUUUGAUGGUGCCAACGUACUCUAUAGCUAAUCCGGCAACCGAGUUGUCCGUGGCGUCUUGUGAACUUCCAUCCCAUCCAAUACUUCAAGAGUGCAUUAGUAAACUUAAUUACCUAUUUCAGAUGGAGAACAUGCAAAAUAACGAAGUUUGGAUGAAAAAGGAUCAAAUCAUAUCAUUGAAGUUAGAAUCCGAUUUGAUCGACUUGGAAUUGGAGAUUGACAGGGCAAGAUUUCAAGUUGCACAACAAGGACUCCAGGAAUGUGCCGAUGCCGAAUUUGAUACAAUGGAACGAGAAAGGAAGAAAAUCCGAACCGAAGAUCAAAAUAAUGUUCAAGUCUCUCCUUUGUGUGCGGUUACUACUCCCUCUUUUCAACUUUCACAGGCUCAGCCACAAACUUCGGAAAAUAAGAUCAGAACAAUUAGUACUGCCAAUGAGACGGAAGUGAAAUCAACCUGUAACGAAGAAUCAUCAUCAUCUCCUAAUCAGGAACUAGAAGACACAGAAACGAUUCCUCCGAUAAUUGUAAAUGAAGAUGGGGAUAUCAUGACUGACACAAAAAUGAUGCGCGACACAUAUCUAAGAAUACGCCGGGAUCUAUGUGACCAUACUUCACAGAAGGAUUGGUAUAUUGAAGACUACAAUGUUUCAGAUGGAUUUCGCAAAUAUCAAAUUAGUAAUAUUGAUAAACUAGUGGUUGGCGAAACUUUUAACUUUUCGUCAGACCGUGAGGCGAUCUU